UGGAAUGGAUGAAUGGAAUGAAUGCAUGGAUGGAAUGGAUGGAUGGAAUGGAUGGAUGGAAUGGAAUGGAUGGAUGGAUGCUUCAGGUAAACACAACAUUUACACACUUUCGUGUUUUCCCUCAGUGAAUGUUGAGCGUUUCAUCACAGUCUAGUUGAUAACAGCACGAAUGUGUGUUGAACAUGUACAUGCUCUCAUAAAACAUGAGUCAAAUUAGUUGUUCUACUCUCAACCUUUGUUUAAAACAUGGAUUUAAAAUGAGAUAAUAUAAUGCAUUGAGUUUAAUAGUAUUUCAAAUACUAUUAUGAGUGAAAUGCAAAACAAACUGCCUCAGCUGAUCAGAGGGAUGGAUGUGAUGCAAGAGGCUUCUAAUAAUGAUGUGAUGCAAGAGGCUUCUAAUAAUGAUGUGAUGCAAGAGGCUUCUAAUAAUGAUGUGAUGCAAGAGGCUUCUAAUAAUGAUGUGAUGCAAGAGGCUUCUAAUAAUGAUGUGAUGCAAGAGGCUUCUAAUAAUGAUGUGAUGCAAGAGGCUUCUAAUAAUGAUGUGAUGCAAGAGGCUUCUAAUAAUGAUGUGAUGCAAGAGGCUUCUAAUAAUGAUGUGAUGCAAGAGGCUUCUAAUAAUGAUGUGAUGCAAGAGGCUUCUAAUAAUGAUGUGAUGCAAGAGGCUUCUAAUAAUGAUGUGAUGCAAGAGGCUUCUAAUAAUGAUGUGAUGCAAGAGGCUUCUAAUAAUGAUGUGAUGCAAGAGGCUUCUAAUAAUGAUGUGAUGCAAGAGGCUUCUAAUAAUGAUGUGAUGCAAGAGGCUUCUAAUAAUGAUGUGACGCAAGAGGCUUCUAAUAAUGAUGUGACGCAAGAGGCUUCUAAUAAUGAUGUGAUGCAAGAGGCUUCUAAUAAUGUGAUGCAAGAGGCUUCUAAUAAUGAUGUGACGCAAGAGGCUUCUAAUAAUGAUGUGAUGCAAGAGGCUUCUAAUAAUGAUGUGACGCAAGAGGCUUCUAAUAAUGAUGUGAUGCAAGAGGCUUCUAAUAAUGAUGUGACGCAAGAGGCUUCUAAUAAUGAUGUGACGCAAGAGGCUUCUAAUAAUGAUGUGAUGCAAGAGGCUUCUAAUAAUGAUGUGAUGCAAGAGGCUUCUAAUAAUGAUGUGAUGCAAGAGGCUUCUAAUAAUGAUGUGAUGCAAGAGGCUUCUAAUAAUGAUGUGAUGCAAGAGGCUUCUAAUAAUGAUGUGAUGCAAGAGGCUUCUAAUAAUGAUGUGAUGCAAGAGGCUUCUAAUAAUGAUGUGAUGCAAGAGGCUUCUAAUAAUGAUGUGAUGCAAGAGGCUUCUAAUAAUGAUGUACAAUGCAUUUGGAAAGUAUUCAGACCCCUUGAUGUUUUCCACAUUGUGUUACGUUACAGCCUUAUUCUAAAAUGGAUAAAAAAUGUUUAACCCCACAUCAAUCUA